AUGCCAUCGAGACGACUCAAGACGCCGACGCAGGUGAGCGUGCCGUCCACCUCGCGUAUGCUCACAAGGAGUCAGGCAAAAAAACUCGCGUCGAUGGAGCCCAGCACGAAGGCGACGUCGUCUACCGGGCUGGCGCAACCGAGCCGCGAGCCUAGCGUUCGCAAGUCUCGAGCUAGGAAGACCGGAGGACCGCCUGUACAGAACGCGCUCACCCCGUCCAAGAGCGAGACCAACAGAAGGGCACAUGGUCGCUCUUCGUCAAGCAAAGGGGGAGAGCAGAGCGCCAGAAAGCGACGUCGACCGAUUAGAGAGUCCUCGGCCAGCAGCGUUGGCGAAAUGAAGAACGCUGCGGGUAUAAAUGACAGACGUUCCUACAACUCCGGCGGGCGCCAAAGCAGGUCCACAAGGCCCCAAUCGCCGACCAUCACGUCGUCGCGCCGCAAGACCGACGUAUUCCGCACCAAGAGACAGUCUACAGCACGUGCCAAACAAAGCGAGAAGAGGAGGAUAGAAGACUAUGGAACAUCCAAAAGCAAGCGGCGUUCCCUAUACUUCGACCUGGAUGAGAUUGAGUCACAUGUCAGCCCAUUACUUGGCAAGACACAGUCGACCGUGCGAUGGUGCGUGCGCACAAGCACACCCGUCAGCCAUGGCGAGAAAACGCCACAGACUCGGACGCACCGGGAGACCACAGAAGACAGCACAGGUAGAAAAGCAAAGCUCCACCGUACUCCAUCUGGAUCUGCUACUACGCCGAGAAGCCCGGAGAGAGCAAGCAGAAAGUACAAAGGAUGCAGGAGGAGGAUCCUGACAGAGCCUAACUCAGACAAUGAGAUUAGCACAUCAACAAAGUCGACCGUUUCAGAAGGCAAGCCAACUUCUCCUGCGAUUGAAUCUUCGCAGGCAUCGGGCUUCCGCUGUGUGCUGAUGUAG